UAGAAGUUGGGGAAUUCGGACCAGAAAAAGCGACAAAUGAGGAUGAACAAUUGAGUUCCGAAAUAUUUGCUCUCUGAGGAUUCAAUUCUCUGAUCCUAAAUAUUUGCUAAGACGAAGGUAAUUUGCUUUCCUGUUUCUCCCUGCUCUUAUUCGUUGCUCUGUUUUCUCUUUCCGCUUCUCGAGAGAUUUUAUUGCUUCAUUUCCUUCUUGUUUUUUUUUUUGGGGUAUAAUUGUGAUUUUGUUAACCUGGGGUUUGCUGUUUGUACUAGUAGGUUUAAAUUUUGGUUUUGUUUGAUUGAGCUUGGGGGUAAUUGUCCAAAAUCAAAGUGAAAGGUGUUGAUCCGGUGUGCUCGUCUUCACUAUGACUGGCGCUACCAACCAGUUGAUAUCCGUUCAACCUGACGAGCUCCACUUCCAAUUUGAGUUGGAGAAACAGAGCUUCUGUGACCUCAAAGUUUCAAAUACGACAGAGCAUCAUGUUGCUUUUAAGGUUAAAACUACUUCUCCAAAGAAAUACUUUGUUCGGCCAAAUACUGGUGUUAUACAACCUUGGGACUCCUGUGUCAUUAGAGUCACACUUCAAGCUCAGAGAGAGUACCCUCCAGAUAUGCAGAGCAAAGAUAAAUUCCUCCUACAAAGCACCAUAGUACCUCCAAAUACAGACGUUGAUGAGCUUCCACCAAACACGUUUAGCAAGGAAUCUGGGAAAACUAUAGAGGAGUGUAAGCUUAAGGUUGUUUAUCUCACUCCUAACUCGGUGCCUGGAAUCUCUGAAGAUGGCUUCAAACAGAGUAUUGAUGCGAAUGCAAUGCGGCGCUCUGCGAGCUUUGAUGAUAAUCAGGUCUUGCAGCGCCUGAAAGAAGAAAGGGAUGCAGCAAUGCGACAAACACAACUACUGCAACAGGAAUUGGAAAUGCUGAAGAAAAGAAGAAAUAGGAAAGGCGACCCAGGAUUUUCCAUGGUGUUUGCUCUUUUUGUGGGAUUGAUUGGCCUCAUGGUUGGCUUCCUCUUCAAGCUGUUAUUUUCUUCACCUUCUGCAGAAUAACUUUGCUCCAUCUUAUACUCUCAGGAUACAGAUUUUGCUCCCAGUUUCCAUGUAUAAUUCAGAUCAUGGCUUUGAUUGAUUGGAAAGCUUGCUUAGUUUGAUCUUUAUUUCUGUAAAUUCUUUUAUUGGAUAUUGUUACUUGUUCAGUUCGUUUUAGGAAAUAUUAAUCUCCUUGAGUGUGUUUGAUCACACAGUUACAUGCUCUCUCGAUGGAUUAUCUUAGA